CCGAUCAACGUUCAACUUCCGGGUGUGGUGGGUCGUUGCAAAACCGCUCAUGCUGGCAAAAGGACAUCGAUAAGUGGCUGGAUAACGGGUCUUCUUAAGAAAAUGAUGCUGUCAGAGGUGCUGCAGGUGUUGCGUGGAGCAGGUAAAGUGGGCUCAGCUCUGGUCUCCACCCAGGGAGAGCAGCUCCGACUGGUGGCCUGCAACUCCUCUCUGGGGGCCGGGGUCAAAGCUGCUCAGGACGUGGCGGAAGGACUGAUGUCCACUUUUAUGGGCAGCAAGAGCUCUUCGAAAAAAGAGGAUGUGUUUCCGGACGCAGAGGGCUGGGAGAACAUGGACCCUGAUGAUUUAGCCAAGUGGGCUGUGGGAUCUGAUCCCCCUCCUGAUGCUGUGGAGCAAAAUCAGACAGAACCUGGAUCAGCUGGGAGGACGCACGCAGGGAUGAGCACAAGGCAGACAGGUUGGCCAGGACAGCGCUUUCACAUCCUGAACACAGGGCAGACAGGCUGGCCAGGACAGAGCUCUCGCGUCCUGCACACCGUGCCUCGUUGUCAGCACUUCUACCACCAGACCAGGUCCGUUCACAACCCCGCGGUGGCCAAACUCACAGCAGAGGACAUGAAGAAAGCCAGAGAGGCGAAACAGGCCCUGGUUAAACCAGUGCGACAGAAGCUGAGUGACCGCGCCAAAGAGAGGAAGGUUCCUGCCACACGAAUCAGCCGCCUGGUGAAUUUUGGAGGACUGGCAGUAGGCCUGGGGAUCGGUGCCAUCGCAGAAGUGGCCAAACAGUCACUAGGAGGCAAACAAAAAGGAGACAUGCCCGCCCUCCUGGACUCCCCCUUCCUGUCGGAGGCCAACGCUGAGAGAAUCGUCAACACUCUGUGUAAGGUUCGUGGAGCGGCUCUCAAGAUCGGACAGAUGCUCAGCAUCCAAGAUAACUCCUUCAUCAACCCCCAGCUGCAGAAGAUCUUUGAGAGGGUGCGUCAGAGUGCAGACUUCAUGCCCACCUGGCAGAUGAUUAGGGUGCUGCAGGAAGACCUCGGUCCAGACUGGAGGGACAAGCUGUCCUCCUUUGAGGAAAAACCUUUUGCUGCAGCUUCCAUCGGCCAGGUGCAUCAUGGGGUUUUGAAAGAUGGAAGAGAGAUUGCCUUGAAGAUCCAG